UCCCUCCGGAUACCUGCUGGAAUCGGGGAAAGCAGACACCCCUCUCACCCUCGAAUUCCCUGGAGGUGGAGAGAGAAGCGCCCCACUGGCCUGGAGCCCAGCAGGCCUGGAUACAGUUGGGCGAAUGAGGUGACCAUGGCCUUGCUGGGGAAGCACUGUGACAUCCCCACCAACGGCUGUGGGUCCGAGCGCUGGAACUCCACCUUCGCCCGCAAGGACGAGCUCAUCAACAGUCUGGUGUCUGCCUUAGACUCCAUGUGCUCUGCGCUCUCCAAGCUGAACACGGAGGUGGCCUGCGUGGCGGUACACAAUGAGAGUGUCUUCGUGAUGGGUACCGAGAAGGGAAGGAUGUUCUUGAACACUCGGAAGGAACUACAGUCAGACUUCCUCAGGUUCUGCCGGGGACCCCUAUGGAACGAUCCAGAAGCAGGACACCCUAAAAAGGUGCUGCGCUGUGAAGGUGGUGGCCGGAGCAUCCCGCGGUCCUCUCUGGAGCAGUGCUCGGAUGUGUACCUGCUGCAGAAGAUGGUAGAGGAAGUGUUUGAUGUUCUUUAUAGUGAGGCUAUGGGCAGGGCCACCGUGGUACCUUUGCCCUAUGAGAGGCUGCUCAGGGAGCCGGGGCUACUGGCGGUGCAGGGGCUGCCCGAGGGCCUGGCCUUCCGGAGGCCAGCAGAGUAUGACCCCAAGGCACUCAUGGCCAUUUUGGAGCACAGUCACCGAAUUCGGUUUAAGCUCAGGAGGCCUCCUGAUGACGGUGGGCAGGACACAAAGGCACUGGUGGAGAUGAACGGUAUCUCUCUGCUACCCAAGGCGUCCCGAGAUUGUGGUCUGCAUGGCCAGGCCUCCAAGGUCGCUCCCCAAGACCUGACCCCCACCGCCACCCCAUCCUCCAUGGCCAACUUCCUGUACAGCACUUCGAUGCCCAACCACACCAUCCGGGAACUCAAGCAGGAGGUGCCAACCUGCCCGUUGACCCCCAGCGACCUGGGCUUGGGCUGGCCUGUGCCUGAGCCCCAUGCCCCCAGCACCCAAGAUUUCUCUGAUUGCUGUGGACAGACGCCUGCAGGGCCUGCUGGGCCUCUCAUCCAGAAUGUCCAUGCUUCCAAGCGCAUCCUCUUUUCUAUCGUCCAUGAUAAGUCAGAGAAGUGGGAUCCGUUCAUCAAGGAAAUGGAAGACAUCAACACCCUGCGGGAGUGCGUGCAGAUUCUGUUUAACAGCAGAUACGCGGAAGCCCUGGGCCUGGACCACAUGGUCCCUGUGCCCUAUAGGAAGAUUGCCUGUGACCCCGAGGCUGUGGAAAUUGUGGGUAUCCCAGACAAGAUCCCCUUCAAGCGGCCCUGUACUUACGGAGUGCCCAAGCUGAAGAGGAUUCUGGAGGAGCGACACAGCAUUCACUUUAUUAUCAAGAGGAUGUUCGAUGAGCGCAUUUUCACAGGGAACAAGUUUACCAAAGACCCCAUGAAGCUGGAGCCAGCUAGCCCACCAGAAGACACUUCCACAGAAGUCUGUAGGGACAGUAUGCUGGAUCUGGCUGGGACUGCUUGGUCAGACAUGAGCAGCGUCUCUGAAGACUGUGGGCCAGGAACCUCAGGAGAGAUAGGAAUGUUGAGGCCCAUCAAAAUCGAGCCAGAGGAGCUGGACAUUAUUCAGGUUACUGUCUCAGAUCCCUCACCUACCUCUGAGGAGAUGACCGACUCGCUACCUGGGCAUCUGCCCUCAGAGGAUUCCGGUUAUGGGAUGGAAAUGCCGGCUGACAAAGGCCCCAGUGAGGAACCGUGGUCAGAGGAGAGGCCGGCAGAAGAGAGCCCUGGUGACGUGAUCCGGCCCCUGCGGAAGCAGGUGGAAAUGCUAUUCAACACAAAAUAUGCCAAAGCAAUUGGUACCUCAGAGCCGGUCAAGGUGCCCUACUCCAAGUUCCUUAUGCACCCGGAGGAGCUGUUCGUACUGGGACUUCCUGAAGGCAUCUCUCUUCGAAGACCCAACUGCUUUGGGAUUGCCAAGCUACGGAAGAUUCUGGAAGCUAGCAACAGCAUCCAGUUUGUCAUCAAGAGACCCGAACUGCUCACUGACGGUGUCAAAGAACCUGUUCUGGACACUCAAGAGAGGGACUCCUGGGACCGUCUUGUGGACGAGACCCCGAAGAGACAGGGCCUUCAAGAAAAUUACAACACCAGGCUCUCGCGGAUCGACAUCGCCAACACGCUUAGGGAACAAGUCCAAGACCUGUUUAACAAGAAAUACGGUGAAGCUCUGGGCAUCAAAUACCCAGUGCAAGUGCCCUACAAGCGAAUCAAAAGCAAUCCAGGCUCGGUGAUCAUCGAAGGCCUGCCCCCUGGAAUCCCAUUCCGCAAACCCUGCACCUUCGGCUCCCAGAACCUGGAAAGGAUUCUCUCUGUGGCUGACAAGAUCAAGUUCACGGUCACCAGGCCCUUUCAAGGACUCAUCCCGAAGCCUGAAACCAAAAUUCUCACUACAGGACACGAAGCUGGAAAAACCACCAGACCAAGGAGACUGCAACAAGACAGCUGGCAGCCAGAUGAGGAUGACGCCAACAGGCUCGGGGAGAAAGUGAUCCUCCGAGAGCAGGUGAAGGAGCUCUUCAAUGAGAAAUACGGUGAGGCCCUGGGACUGAAUCGGCCUGUGCUAGUUCCUUACAAACUGAUCCGGGACAGCCCAGAUGCUGUGGAGGUGAAGGGCCUCCCAGAUGACAUCCCCUUCCGGAACCCCAACACCUAUGACAUCCAUCGGCUGGAGAAGAUCCUGAAGGCCAGGGAGCAUGUACGGAUGGUCAUCAUCAACCAGCUCCAGCCUUUUGGGGAAGUCUGCAACAAUGCCAAGGUGCCAGCCAAAGACAACAUUCCCAAGCGCAAGAGAAAGCGGGUCUCUGAAGGCAAUUCAGUCUCCUCCUCUUCUUCUUCUUCAUCCUCGUCCUCUAACCCAGAGUCUGUGGCAUCCACCAACCAGAUCUCCCUCGUGGUAAAGUCACGCGGAUCCGAACUUCACCCUAAUUCUGUGUGGCCUUUGCCCCUCUCUCGGGCAGGGCCAUCCACAGCUCCAGGAACUGGGAGGCACUGGGCUCUGAGAGGGACUCAGCCAACCACAGAGGUGCAGGCACAUCCACUUGUUUUGCCCACAAGAUAGACUGAGGGUCCGUGCGAUCAGCCAGUGUUUGAGGUGUGGCCAUCACUUGUGAUGUGUGUAAAUGAUGCCAGCAGGAACCAGAGGGUAGGUGGUCACGUGACAGAACUCAGUCUCCAUCACCUGUCGGCCACAUCGCUUCAUUUAGCCCUUUCCUGGUUCAGAGAAACUUACGUUAAAAAAAAAAACACACAAAAACAAACAAACAAAAAAACACCCAGGGUGUGCUGUCUUAUGCCCUUAGUGGAGGGGAGAAGAUCAGAAGUUCAAGGCCAGCUAGGGCUAUGACUCUGUCUCAAAGAAAACUGCUAAAGGAGGGCUGAAGGUGUGGCUUAGUCAGCAGGGUGCUUGCUUUGCAUGCCUGAAGCCCUGGGUUCUAUUCCCAGCACCACCUAACCUGGACCUGGUGGUACAUGCCUGGGAUCCUAAGACUGGAGAAGUAGAGGCAGGAGGAUCAGAAGUUCAAGGUCACCCUCAGCUAUUUAGAAAGUUUGAGGCUAGCCUGGGCCACGUGAGACUGCCUCAAGAAAAAGGAAUGGAGGAAAGAAAGACUGUUGUGGGUUUUUUUUUUCCAUUCUUCUCUAUCAUUGACUACUCCCCUCACCCCAAGAGGUGGGACAGUGUCUGUGGGGUGACACUGGGUGACACUGGGUGAACAACGCUUUCUGCUCGUGCAGACUCAGCCCUUGAUGGUGUCUAGUUCAUAUAUUGAACCUCUUCAACACAGGUGGGGACAAUCACUGCCUUCCACCUGUGUGACCUCAGACAGAUCUCUCUCCCUCUCUGGGCCUCAGAGGCUGCCUAAUAAGUAACGUUUGACUUCACCCUCAGAGAAAGCGUGCUAGUUAUUCUGGGAGUUUCUCCGUGUCGUCUGGAGUCCUAAUGUGGUCCCUCUGUCCCCUCCCCCGCUCUCUCUAGCAGUGGCCAGUGUACAUGGUGGACUAUUCCGGACUAAACGUGCAGCUUCCGGGGCCCCUUGAUUAUUAGACCUCAGAGCCGAAUCAGGACCUCAACUCAAAAGACUAAAGGAAAAUGUAAUUUAUGUACAAAGUAUAUUCGGAUAUGUAUCAAUGCCUUUUAGUUUUUCCAAUGAUUUUUACACUAUAUUCCUGCCGCCAAGGCCUUUUUAAAUAAGUAAAGAAAAUGAAAAAGAA